AUGACUCCCUCUGCCACUCGCAAACGUAUCAAGAAGCUUGUCCGUGAGCUUUUCGAACUUCAGCGAUUUGAUAUCCCCAUGACUACUGCUACUCUAGUGGAGUCCAAGUAUCUGCUGCGAAAUGUGCUAACCUGCGAAGUUGAUCGUCACUCCAUCCCCAAAUUCAUUCUUUGCCAGCUGCAGGAUCAACGACUGACUGAUACGUCCAGCCCACGAGUCGCUCUCACAGCUGCUCUCUCCUUCAUCAUCUCCUCACUCCCCGCUCAUCUUGUCAGAGGCUCGUGCUUUCCGGUCCUUUUUAGCUGGCAACGAUCGCUCACCCAUCGGACUCACGUCGUCUUUGCCUUCGUCGAUAUCCCGAUGGCUUCACAAAUCUAUACCAUCGAGGAGCUUCUGAACCUUCGAAGCUCCUAUCAAUCUAACGGUCUCGCGUCCGUCGCUAAUAAGGAUCGCGAGCUUGCUGAGAUCAUUCGUGGCCCCAGCUACAACUGUGUUGGUCCAAUGCAGCGCAACGGUAGAAAGACUAGGGAGGACUCCUCUACGGAGUCGGACGAAGUAGUCUUCAAGGGAAAUGUGAAGCGCCGCACCGCUCAGGUUUCAACCCAGCCACCGGUUCACCCUGCCCCUAUUCAGCCCGUUCCCUAUCAAGCCGACUUGGAGUGGAGAUACCGCGGAAGAACCGACUCUGAGAUACCAGCUAGUGAGCCUCUUUCCGCUCCAUCGGGCCUGAAUGCGCAACAGAAUGAGGGCUUUCAGCGCUUCUACAAGGCUGUCGUCUCUCCUACCCAUGUCCGUGUUACGGCUGGUGGACGCAUUGUCCCGAACCCCAGAGGAUCUUCCCCAACCACCAAGCGAGCCAAAGACAGCGAGUCUUCAAUCAAUACUCAGGCAGGUGAAGCGAGGCCUACUUCGACUAUGAAGGAAGGAGUGCCGAUGAUGGCUAUGCCUUCUAUGCACCCAUUCUUUACAGGCUUUCCCCAGGGUUUUCCACCCUUCCAUCCCCUUGGCAUGAUGCCCAUCCCAAUGGGUACUCCUAUGCCAAAUGGGCUGCCCCUUGGCGCCAUUCCUGUGCCAGCAGCGCACAAGCAUAACAGUGCCCCGGAUACUGCACUCAAGGAGACCAACAACAAGAAGGCGGAGGAGAAUCAACCAGCUGAGGUGCUCAAGUCAGAGAAAUCAAAGACUGAUAUCAAGAUCUCUCCACCCGAGCAGUUCGAUCCUACGAAGCCCUUCUUUUACAACGGGCUGUCUCGAGCAGCAAGCUAUGGUCAUCCAGUCCAUCCAUCCUCUGCAAACCCUCCCAUUUCUUCGAUUCGUCCAAGUGACAUCAGUAAGAAGCAGAUGGAGUCCCUGCGCGGGAAUCUCAAAUAUCACGAGGAUCAACUGCAGUACAACCGUCAUCAAAUUGAUGAGAAGGACAUGGAAAACAAGAUCCAGCUCCUGAAGAAUGAUAUCGAGCGCUUUGAGCGUGUUUAUCAGGCUCAGCUUGAUUUUGAGGCAAAGCACUAUCCGAAAGCCGACAGACCCAAGGAUGACAAGUCAUCCGUCUCGAACCGCAGCCUGAAGCCUUCCAAGUCGUCUUCAUCAGAGGGUGAGGGACAUCAAAGCCAGCCUCAGUCUCAGGUGGAGACAAAGCCUGUGACAGAGCAGGUCAAAGAUGUCUCCCGCGUUAAGACUGGAUUGAACAAGAGUCUUCGGGCUGAGCCUUCUUAUGAUUCACAUUCAUCAAAGCUGGCCGCUUCUUCCGAGGAUCGUGUGAAGAAGUCUAGCUUUCCCAGUGAUGCUGCUCUCGCGCCUCCGUUCCAGCCUCGCUCUGUCUCUUUGUUCGUUGAGGGCAAUAGCUUUGCCAACUUCAAGGACCCAGUCUACACGGAAGAUCAGUUGAAUGAGUCGCACAGGAGACUGUUGGCUGCCGGGGCAAAGGUAUGGGAUGCCGCUCCUGUCGACAAUGCAAUCGAUAAGCAGGGCAUAGAUCACCGUGACCCGGCCCAAGCCACCAACGAGGGUGCUGCUGACCAGCCAGAUGAUGUCGAAGAUCGUAGCAGCUUAGGUAUCCCUUAUCUUGUUGGCACCCUGCCACCUGGCAUGAAUCCUCAAACUGCACGAGACACGGACUAUGUCUAUGUGCGUGAGCUGACGGAUGAUGAACGACGUUCUCGAUAUCUCCAUUGGGGUCAAGCUCCUCAUUCUGUCCGAAGAGGUCUACCCAAGUUCGAUGGCAAGGACUUCUACCCUCCUUCUCCUAUUAAGGAGCCAACAUCAGAUAGCGACUCUCCGACACUGCGAACCAGGCGGAUCCCGUACAAGAAGGAGCGCGCAGAUGCAUUUCGCCAUGAAGCGGUGAGUACCGCAAUUCCGGUCUCCAGUCGCUUGCCCAACGCGAAACUAGAGACAUCAGAGGGCCAUGCAAUGUCUUUCAGCAGUCAGGUUGGCAGUAGCUCUGAUGACUUCAAGAUUGCUCUUGAGGAGAGCAAGACUCCUGAUGAAUCCAAGAAGUCGAGGCUCAGCAAAAUCGGCAAGGUCGCUACCAAGUCAAACGAAUCCCUUGAGCGACGAUCAGCGGAUCACAGGUUCGUACAGACACUCUCCCACCCUUCCGUCGUGGACUAA